CAACAGUGAGCAGUUGUGAGCAACAGUGAGCAGCAGUGAACAACAGUGAGCAGCAAGGAUGUACAGGUUCCUCAUCAUCAUCACCGCGACCCUCGCGUUUGGAUAUCCACAGUAUUACGAGACACAACACUUCAAAGUCGGGAUAGAAUAUGACAAUUCCCUGCCGAUGAGCGGCGGGUCGGAUCGGUUUCGACACAAGAACAACUACGACCCAUUCUUCGUCACUGUCACCGCUUCAGCUAAGAAAGGCUACGUAAUAUCCUAUAUCGAGGUAUCGGCGACGGCGGACGCGACGGGCGAGAUGGACUUCACCGUGAUAUACGGCCGGGCAGGCACCAGGGAUCUGGUCUUCCAGCUCGUCUCCAACAACAGCCAGUUCCUGACCUACAGCUACAUGGCCUACGGGAUCCGGGAGGAGGAGUAUAAGAAAGUUGCCAACAUAGUUACAAUACCAACAAAUAAAGAUAUUUCGAUACAGACAUUAGUAUCAGUGCUGUUAGCUGGGCACUUGUCGACACCCACGCAGGACCCAUCUGGUCCUCUGAUGAACCCAUCAGCACAGACGCAGCCGGACUUGCACAGGGUCGCACAGAUGGGCUGUGGGUCCGCACAGGAUGGUUCGCAGGCGGCGCUGCAGAUGUCGAACACUUCGUUGGCGUUGAAGCAUUCCUCUGAAAAGAUGUUAUAA